AUACGUGACAGAUAAAUAGCGCACGACUUUGGACUGUUCAUGUAGAGAGUUUUUAUCUCUCGAUUUGUUUUCUACGUUGGUAGCUUUAGACGCGCAGUAUCACCUUCUGAAUCAUAUCUCUGGCAGUGUAACGGAAGUAGGCCCACAGCUGGUGACGUUGUUGUCUCUACCUUGGUCGAUGUUUAGUUCUUCAUUCAAGACUAGGAAGCGAGAUCAUACAAGCUAGCUGUUACUUUACGCGAUGAAAGCACGAAAGAAUCGGACAACAUAACAUAUUGUUAUUAUUAAGUAAUAAUUGAAGGGUCGAUACCUUAAAAUCCAAGAUUACGAUCACUGUAAUUCGCCUGGUUUACUGUUAGCACUGCUAGCUAGCCCGUUCUUUAAUCGUUUGGCAGGAUUGUCGCUCGCUAACAUUAACGUUAGCAGUGGGCUGCCGUUAGCAGGUUGAUUACUGCCUGGUGAUGGCUGUGGCGCACAGAGGUCGUUAUGUUGCUGGAUGUUUACUCAUAUAUCUUCUGGUUGGAUGCACAGCAAGGAUACAUAAGCUCACCCUGAAGAAUGAAACUCGGACUGCUGUCGACCUCAACAACUUUGGUUUCUACGCUAACGGGACCCUGGAUGUCAAGUUGGUUUCUCUGCACAUCUCAAGUCAGCUGGUGAACUACAGCAACUACCCUGUUGGGUUCAGCCUCUCCAAGUCACGUGUGAAUGGACUCUUGUCUUACACAGCCGAGGAGCCAGAGACCUGCCCCCUCACUCUGACAAAGUCAGAAAACAACGAGCCUCUUAUUCUUUUUAUUAUCGAUAUCAACACCCUCAGUGUGAAUGUGAAAGUUAUAGGUGAGCAGGACAACCACCUGUUUGCAAAGGCAAAGGCUGAAGCACCCAAAGGUCAGAGGAAAACCAGGCAGGCUCCUGGUGAAUCCACCGUUAAGUCAGAUGAGAAUAAAACGUCAGACAAAGGGGACAAAAAGCCAGAGAAGCCAGAAGAUAAAAAGAAUGAGGAUGACAAGUCUGUGGAUCAGACGAAAGAUCAGACGGAAGAAAAGACCGUAGCAAAGAAAGUCGAGGAAACUGAAUUCAAUCUGGAGACGACCAAACACCUGACUUUAGCUUUGGACAAAGUUAAUGGCUCAUACAACUUUAGUUUCCAUGUGGUGGUUGGCCCGCGGGCAGAGGGUCUGUAUAGCCUCAGGUUCUACUACUGUAAGAACAAGUUACCUGGAAACAGAGUGCCCUACUCCUUCACUGUGGAAGUGACAGAGGAGAAUCCAGGCGGCUAUCUCUCUGCAGCGGAAAUUCCUCUGUCUCGCCUUUACAUUUGCAUGGCUGGAGUCUUCUUCACUGCUGCCAUGGUCUGGGUCUACAUGCUCAUGAAGCACAGGUACAGUGUGUUUAAGAUCCACUGGCUGAUGGCUGCACUGGCCUUCACAAAGGCCACGUCAUUGGUUUUCCAUAGUAUCAACUAUCACUUCAUCAACACUGAGGGGCAUCCUAUUGAAGCCUGGGCUGUCAUGUAUUAUAUCACACACCUGCUCAAGGGGGCUCUGCUGUUCAUCACACUGGCACUGAUUGGCACCGGCUGGGCUUUUGUUAAGUACAUCCUGUCUGAUAAGGAGAAGAAGAUCUUUAUGAUUGUCAUCCCUCUGCAGGUCCUGGCUAAUGUGGCCUAUAUCAUCAUCGAAUCGACAGAGGAGGGCUCCAGUGAAUACUAUGUGUGGAAGGAGAUCCUCUUCCUGGUCGACCUUAUCUGCUGCGGAGCUAUUCUUUUCCCUGUUGUCUGGUCCAUCCGUCACCUUCAAGAGGCUUCAGGCACCGAUGGCAAAGCUGCUAUGAAUUUGGAGAAGCUCAAGCUCUUCAGGCAUUAUUACGUGAUGAUUGUUUGUUACAUCUACUUCACGAGAAUCAUAGCCAUUCUGCUCAAGGUCACUAUGCCUUUCCAGUGGCAGUGGUGCUAUGAGUUUCUGGUGGAGAUGUCUACUCUGAUCUUUUUUGUGCUGACGGGCUACAAGUUCAGACCAGCGUCCAAUAACCCCUACCUCCAGCUUCCCCAAGACGAGGACGAUGUAGAGAUGGAUGAAGUAGUGACCGAGUCAGGUGCACUGGAAGGCAUUUCCAAAGUUAAGAAGACGUGCAACGGACGCGAGCGCCAGAAGGAGUCCACUUUGUGAGUGUGGAGCUGCAUCUUUGAGAGGGACACAGUAAACAUCUCCGGGCCAGCUGGUGCAAAGGGGGUGUAUGUACAUGGACUGAGGCUCCCACUCCCAGUGAACGCAUUCCUUUGAAACUUAAGUGGUUGCAGUGGCCGUGCCCACUGUCUGGCUAUGCAAAAAAGAAAAAAGACAAAAAAAAGUGGACUAACUUUGUUGGACACUCAGUCUUCGAAACACUCUACCCAGAAAUUCCUAAAAGGUUUUGGGGGCCUGCCACAUGAAAGGGUGAUAUGGAAAGGAUGUUCAUCUCUCAUUCUCUCAUUCUCUCUGUCACACUCCAAAGAUAAUUACCAUUUUAGAGAAACUUCUUUCGGGUGUAUUUAUAUCAGAUAUUGAAACGGUUCUUCUGCAAGCCUCUGUUGUACCUGUGUGAUGUGAGUUUGUGUGUGUGUGUGAAAGUGGAAAAACAAGAUUCGAACACCAAAGUUUUUCCCUUUGGAGACAAUAGCCCCUACUCAGGUAAAAGGCUAAUCAAUAUACAUAUAUGUAUAUAUAUAUAUUUAAAAUUUAGGCAACAAACCUAACGUUUAGUUUCUCUUUGCCACUGUUGGGGGCAGUAAUGUCCCAUUGGUUAACAUAUACUCCCACCACCAUGUACAAUAUGCUACUCUUUCUUAGAUACUUUAUUUGGUUAGUAUAUUGAAAUAUAUGGAUGUCCAUGGUUGUAUAUUUCAAUAUAUUCUUGCAUAUAUAUAAAUGUUUCAGUGUUACUGUUAAUUUACUGCUUUAGUGGAGGUCGACUCCCACCUCUGUGAAUUCAGCCCAGAUGGUGACGUGGGGAUCUCUUGAUGAAGAAGAGGCUUUCAAGUCACCAGAGCAGUGGCCUUGCUUUUUUUUUUUUUUUUUUUGUCCCCCAUUUUUGGCCAUGCUGUGACAGUCCAGGCAGAGACAUGAUCUGGCUGAUCCUUUUUGAAUUCAUCGCCGUUUGGUUUUACCUUUUUGCUCUUGAUGUGAGGCUUAAUUUUAUUAAUUAUUGAUGAUUUAGCAGUUUAUGAAAGCUUAGAAACAUGCAGCUGGACAUAGUAGGUGGCCAUUUGUAAAUAAUCUAGAGAAGUUGAACUUUUGGUAUCAAAGAAGACACAAAUCCCUAAGAUCUGCAUGGAGGCUUUAUAGACAGUGUUGCAGUAAAGACACCUUCUGUUUCAAUGAGACGUUCUGAUUCCUUUAAGAGACGGGGAAGAGUAAAUGUGAGGAAUCGAUGAAAGACGACUGAGCUGUAACCACAGUUACUCCUGUACUGGGAUGACAGAGCUGCACAGUGUUUACAGGCUGUUGAUGUGUCAGGUGCCUGGGAAAACGGUUAAGAUUCAUUUAACCAGUUGGAUGAAGAAGGAUUUGUGCUUGUUACAGAGGGCUGUUUGGUGUCUCUGUGAGCUGUCACAAUAAAGCUGGUGUUCUGGAAAGGU